AUGACCACAACGGCAUCAUCAUCAAGGAAUCAUCAUCCUCCGAAUAACGGUUGCAAUAGUAGUAGUGAGAGAGAGCAAACUCUGAAUGGUAAUCUGGCACCUCCAACGACAAUGACUAGUAACGGAAAACCAUCCUCAUUAUCAUCAUCUUUAUCAUCAUCGGAACAUCAUCAUCAAAUGGUCGUAAAUUCCUACCACAAGGUCAAGGAAUUAUAUGCAAUGAGUGUUUCGAGGUAUAAUCAAGGAAAAUAUUUUCAUGCUCUGGAAAGCUUUCUUGAAUGUAAAAAUCUAGUAGAGUCGGAGUUGGCCUCUCAACAAGAGAAACAAUCUGUGCCGUCGACACAACAAUCAUUGCAUCACCAAGCAAAACAAUCACAAGAACAACAUCAACGACAUGAUAAUUUAGCAGUAUCAUCCGUGACAACAACAACGUUAUCAUCAACGCAGGAAAAGCAUCAAGUCUCAAAUUCCAAGCAAAAAAAUAAGAAACACAAAUCACGAUCAAACUCAGAUACCAAAACAAUACUAGGAAAAGGUCACAACGAGAGUACUGCUCUUGUGGGUGGACAUGAGGAGCGGUCACUUGUCAAAGUAGAGCCAUCGCAGCAAGUCACUCCUGUUCAUAUAGAGGAGAGUGAUAAUUAUUACCUUUAUUUGUACUAUCAAAUUUGUUUUCAACUGGCAAAGUGUCACUUUAAGCUUGGCCAGCUAAGUAAGGCCAUUUAUUAUUUGUAUCAUCAAUGCUCACAAUGUGAAAAUAUUACUGCCAAUCAAGAAUAUUCGACACUGAUACAAGAAGUUGAGAGAAUGAUAUAUUUUGACAAAAACAUUGAUGCAAACAAGAUAUCAGCUGAAGAUAUUGAAAAAUUUGUUAUAGAAAUUCAGCCUAUUCACUUUUUUUCACCUGCUACUAAUAACGGUGGCUACUCGGAUAACAAUUCUCAUCAUACAGCCAUGUUGUCUUCUUCCACCUCAACGUCGAGUGUGGGCUCAAGGAACGAUGACCACGUGGUCACCUCGCCUUCCAACAAUUUUUCCAUCUUUUUUUCUGUCUCCUCUCCAUACAGCAUCCACAAUGCAAAGCAUGCCUCAUUACCCUCCACCUAUAGUACAGAUAAAAGGAAUGAUUGGCAAUCAAUAUUUUUGAAAUAUCAAAAGAGCGUCUGUAAAUAG